AUGGAGAUAUCUCAUGCACUACGCCGUGCUGGACUCCGUGGCACCUCCCUCGACAUCGAGCUGGAUCCGCAGACAAUGGAUUUCCUGAAGCCGGCAGGCUUUCUGAGCUACACGAGGAGCUUUGGUGAAUUCCUGGCUGGUGCCUUCCUGGAGCUCCGGUCGGAGCCCUUCUUUCCUGAGAACCACCGGCCGGGACUGGGAGCUCAUGCUCUGCGGAAAUCCGACUACGAGCUCUUCGUGCAGGCCAAUGUGGUCCAGAUGGUUGGUUUGGCUGGCUGA